UGAUACAAACUUGGCGGUACGUUAUUGUGUUUUGACGUCUGCAGAGUGUAAAUUUUUGUAUUUAUAAAAUAUCAAAAUAGAAAAAUAAAUGCUUGCGCCCGGUGGUGAUUGGUAUAUUAGCAACAAAAUUGUUUAAUUUUAUUGGACGAAAAAAUGUCAUCGGUCCAUCUAAUACCUGAAAAUCAAAUAUGCAGACUGUGCUAUUCGAGAAAUACAGAAACCGAUACUGUUGAUAUUUACAGUGAAAAGGGUAAAGAACGGGACUAUUUAGGCAAAAUAAAUCGUUAUUUGUAUCUACGGGUUACUGAAACUGAUGCUCAUCCGAAAACAAUAUGUUGGAUGUGUUCGAAUCAAUUGAAUACAUUCCACAAAUUCUACGAAAAGAUCAAUCAAAUCCAAAAAUCGGUUCUUAAAGGCGACUACGAGCAAAAUGUUCUCGUACCACAUUUUGAGCCUACAUUCGAUAAAAUUUCGUCGUCAGAAGUCGAAAUAUUCGAAGGAGGUUGCGAUGAUGACACUGUGGAAGUGGUAGUCUUAAAUGCGGACGAUAAUUUCGAUGAUAUUGAUCAACAUUUCCAAAUUGAAAUUCAAGGAGAAGAGCCACUUGCUGAUGAGUCAGCAGUUGAGAAAGAAGUGGACGACAAAUUGGUGUUACAAAAUGUUUUGAAAAAAGCAAAAAAAAAUGUUCAAAACAGCACCCGGCAAACCAGAUCGUUCAAUUCAAAGAGCCUGAAAACCAACAAAAAUUCUUCACAAGUACAACCUUACCAUGACGUAGGUGCCAUUGUUGUAAAAGAAGAAGAAUGCAUACCGACCGCUAGUUGUUCAACGAGUGACAUUGAGAAUGUCAUUUAUUACGAGAUGGAUGGAAGUGCAGAACCAGAUGUACCACCACCAUCCAAAAAGCGACGUGGUCGUCCGAAAAUCAAAGUUGAAGACAGCGAAACGGAAUAUAAUAAUCACAUGGUAUUGCCAGUGAAGCGAAACACACGCUCCAAACAAACGGCAAUCUUACGUAAGACGAAUGAUUUACCGUUGCACGAUGAGGAUGAGGAAGAAAGUGACUAUGAAUUUCCGGCCAGAGAUUCGGAUAAUGAAGAUUGGCCCGCACAGACGACGUUAGACGAUUUUCCGAAUAAGAUUAUCGAAAAUGGUCUGCUACUGGUGAAAGGGAAGAAAUUGAUGUCGAUGAUAUGCAAAUACUACAAGUUGGAAUGUGAUUUAUGUGAACAGAAGACGAGAUUUAAAUAUCUGCGUGAACUUUUCAGUCACUAUGCGAAUGAGCAUAAAGAAGAAGGCUACGUUACAUGCUGCCAGUCGAAGCUCUAUCGUUAUCCUGCCAUAAUCAUGCAUAUGGCUAGGCACAUUCAACCCGACGCAUUUAAGUGUCAGAUAUGCGGUUACAUGGUAACGCGACCCCGAUUUCUGCAGAGUCACGAGCAGACCCACUUACCCGAAGAUCAGAAACCAUAUGCCUGUGAUGAAUGUCCGAAGCGUUUUGUGUGGAAGGGAGCACUGAUGAUACACAAAAUUCAGCAUCAGCCGCGCGAUCAACGGAAACUCUACGUGUGCCACAUAUGCGGAAAGGUGUAUGAUACACCCGGUGGCCUGUCGACACACAAAAAGCUUAUUCACAGCGAUAAAAAGCCAAGUUCAAAUGUUUGCCAUGUUUGUGCCAAAAAGUUUGCUACUCGUACUGGACUCAAUGAGCACAUGUCCACAAUACAUCAGCCGCGCGAAAGGGAUCAACUACAGUGCCCCCAUUGCGGAAAAUGGUUGAUGAAUCAGCGAUGCUUGAAAUCGCAUAUGAUACUACACAGUGAUACAGUACUGAAAUGCAAUAAAUGCGAAUACACGACAAAGAAGCACGUUUUAUUGAAUCGGCAUUUAGUGACACAGCAUUCAGAUUUGAAGCCAUUUAAAUGCGACCAAUGCGGAAAAUCGUUUAAGCUGAAACGAGCUCUAACCGUGCACAUAUCUCAGCACACCACCGAACAAAAGACAUUUAAAUGUACGUUCUGUGAACGUACAUUUAACAGUUCAACGAACUUCUAUACGCAUAGAAAAAACAUUCAUCCCAAAGAGUUACAAGCGCUUAAAGAUCGUAAAAUGGAAUUGCAACGUCAGAAGCGUAUCAAAGCUGGUAUAGAGGAGCCCGAAACUUAUGAGGUAAUCGAAAUGGCUGAAGAAUCGAUCGAAGACGAUGUCAGCAUUGAGUCGUCCGGACAACACAUGACCAUGCGGACAGACGAGAGUCAUGAAGAGUACGUUAUAUCGACGGAUGACUCGAGUGGCAUUCGUAUUUUGGAUGCAAGUCAAAUAGACGAACGAACGUUGACCAAAUUGAUAUCCGGCGACUAUGAAACCAUGGAUGAUGAUAACGGUGACCGGGUGGAUCCAUUGGUACUGAAUAUAGAAAUUGAUGAAUCUGGUCAGAGUAAGGUAAAUUUAAAAUUGAAUUGAGUACGGUGUUCGGUCGAGCUUUCGUAAAAUUCGAUAUAGGCUUUCCCUUCGUGCAAAGGACUAAGAAAAACGUU